AUGCUAGGGGUGGUAGGUUUCGUCACUAGUGAGCGCAUCAUUCGAGGCGUGAGGGGUCAAGGUGCUCUUGAGGUACUGUCGUGUUUCGAUGCAGGUGAUGGCAUCAUUCGAGGCGUGAGGGGUCAAGGUGCUCUUGAGGUACUGUCGUGUGAGGGAAGUUGGUUGGCGCAUUUGGCCAGGAGAGCAAAGCAAAGUGCGCUGCGAGUACUAUGUGAUCGGAUGUUCUCUUUAGAGGAUUCCUGGGUCGCAUG